AUGAAAAGCGAAAAUUUCUCGAACUUGAUGGCAAAAAAACCGAAAAAACCCCGCGGAUCCUCGAUGAGUUCGCGCCGAAUCGACCGAUACUUUGCCGAGGCUGAACUUGCUAGACCGGCCGGUAAAAUGGAUAAAAGUGCCAUCACUUUUUUGCAAAACUACACUAAACAACCAGGCAAUGACACUGAACUCGAAUCGGAAGAUUCGGAAACCGAAGAAUUCGACGAAUACUUGCCGAGACCGAAGAAACGUCUAAGAAGAUCGACCAGUGUCAAGUUCCCACAUCCUAGAAGGCAGCAGGAGCAACAAAAUCAAUACGCCGAGUAUGAAUACCGCAGACCCAAGCGCGCACAUUUCAACUGGACAAAGGAACUGCGUAACAACAGCAGUAGUGCCAACAACAACCAAUGGGAAGUGACGGAGGAGGAAGUGGAAGAAUACCGGAGGAGAAAAAGGAUGGAGAAGGAAGAGGCUCUGGAAAAAGAGGAGGAGUCCAAUGGAUCACCCUCUCUGGCGACUACUGGACUUUACAUCACUGCUGCCUCUCUUUUGGCUGCUGGCGUCACCAUGGCUAUCGUCAAGAAUAAAAUCUUUUUUUAG